AUGCGGCGGAAUAAGGCAGUCCCCUGGAAUGCCGCAGUGAUGGGCAAAAGCCGACGUGUCAACGCUGUGAGCGGACCGGAGCAUCUUGCGUAUGGCAAGAGAACCCCUCGGGUUUUCGACAUGGCUCUAGUGCAAGUGCUCGUUAUGACUUUUCCGAUGAUCAGCCGUGGCUUCCCAUCGGGCGUGACGGCAGUGGAUUACAAAUAUGUGGAUGAAACAGCCGACAUAGCCCGAAGCUACACCCUGGGAGAGGGAUUGCAUCCCUCUCCGUCCCCGCCUUUGGCUCCCGAAAGACGCGAAAGUAAACUGUCAAUUGACCAUCGAACCCUGGCCGAGCCAUCUAUUCUGAGCGAUCCGGUCGGCUCUUAUUCGUCCGAGCAUUGUCUGCCGCCGCCGAAUCGGCCCGAGACUAGCCAUUUGACUGGGUACUCGCCAUUUCCCUUGCAGCUGUCCCCGAGAAAUCAUUCUUCGGUGUCGUCUUCUUCACCUCAUUUUUCUCAUAGCAGUCAGGCUUCGCCUGGGACGACGAGGAACCUUGUUUCCCUGGUUGAUAAUGGGAUUGAUCAUGGACUCCCUAAUCUUGAUGAACAUGAAGCUUGCUUGAUGCGCUAUUUCGUCGUUCAGCUUGCACCUUGGUUUGAUUUAUGCGAUGGGGAAAGGCAUUUUGCCUGCACAGUACCCCUGCGAGCUCGAACAUGUCCACCUCUACUAAACGCUAUCUUUACUGCCUCGGCAAGACACCUGAGCCGAGUCAAAAAAUACUACAAGGGAAACCACGUCCAUUACGGAGGAAAAGCCCUUCCAAACCUCACACCCGAAACCGCCAUCCACUACCACAACGAAUGUAUCGCACACUUUGUCUCCUUAUCGGAUCACUCCCGCGAGGCGCAGGAUGAGAAUCUUCUGGCUGCAGCAGUAAUCCUCCGCUUUUAUGAAGAAGUCGACAUGCCAUCUAUGGGCGAAGACUCCGAGAGCGCCCUUCGCGGUAUCCAAGUAUUUCUCGAUGCCCAAGCCAUCUCUGCCGUAGCAGGCUGCGGCCUGCGUCACGCAGCCUACUGGAUCGCCCUCCGCCAAGAAAUAAUCACAGCCUUCAGCAAACAACGAACCUUCCGCCUCCCCCUCGGCCCCUGCGAACCCUACCGCACCUUUGAACCGGCCGACGACUACGUCUGGGCCGACCGACUGGUAAUCCACUGCGCUGACGUAUUACAGUAUUGCUUCGGCUCGGAGGAAGAGAAUCCUCCACGCGACAAAUUCCAAUCAACCUCCAGCAUGGGCGUGUUAUACCCACCGCCCUCCACGGAUAAACGCGUCGCCCGGUACGAGGAACUGGUCGCCUUCCAGACCCUCUGGGCUGAAAUGGGCCCGCCUAGUUUCAAACCCAUCUACGCUCGAGGACCAGACCGCGCCCGCGGUGAGGUCUUUCCCGAACUCUGGUAUCUGAACAACUGCCACGUCGCGGGUCUGCAAUUCCUCGAACUAGCGCGCAUCCUGCUCACAGUCUACAAUCCCAAAUUACCCCGUCUAGGCCCGGGUCAGCGCACGGCAAUGCGAACGGUCGAUCGAGAGGUACGCACGAUUGUAUUGAGGCUUUGCGGAAUGGCACUGUCAAAUCAACAUAGCCCGCCGGGACUGGUGAAUGCAUUUGUGGCGAUUGGAAUGUGCGGUGAUCGGUUCACGGAUCGAUUGGAGCAGGAGGCACUAUUGGAAGUGUUGGUUAAAUUGGAGGAUGAGCAUGCGUAUCCCACGACGAGCACGAGGGAAUUGUUGAAGGGGGCGUGGGGGUGGGAUGGCUAUGAUGCCUCUGAGUAG